UACUCAUCCAUCAAAUUUCCUAGAAUAGUUCUAGCACUUAAGCAGCAAUAAAGUUAGCAAGUUUAGUUAUAGAAUUACUUACUUGAAGAAUGUAUUUACCUGAAGUAUAUUUUCCUAUUCUCGAGAACACGGAUUCCCUGCUUCGAUAAGGCCAGACGCAACUUCCUCCAUUUCCAGUUCGAGAGCAAGGCAAACCCCAACGAAAUUGAAUCAAUCGAGGGGCACUGGAGCAGUGAUAGAAAGCUGAUAAGGCAGGCCCUGCUGUGAUUGCCCCCCAUAUAAGAGAUCGCCCCCAUUGACGGGCCAUUGUUAAUUCCAAAAACUAGAGCAACCAUGUCGGGAGCACCUUCGUUGUCUGUGGCUUUCGUGGCCUUUCUACUUGUCGCAUCGGUGGCCGCCAAUGGCUGGAGCACCCAGUAUAAGGGUCAUACGAAGCAUCCAACCAUUCCGGAGCAUUGUCUCUACGAUGAGCUGGACCUAGCUGUUCCGCUUCAUGGAAAGCUUCUGCCCUCCGGACAUGACGGCUACUGCAUCCGGUUGGAGUGCACCGACGAUUAUCUGCUGAUAAUCCGACACUGCGACAAACAACCGUUUCCUAAACCCGGCUGCCAUCUUUCGGCCAACGACUAUGACCUCCAAUUCCCCGACUGCUGUCCCCAACUCGAGUGCUCCAGCGGAUUCUAGGUUUAGGAUAGCUCUAUUAUUUCAUUUUUACAACAAUUUCUCAUUCUUAUGUGGAUUUGAGAUAUAAGCCACAAGGCCCAAGCCACCAAAUAUUACUAGAAUAUUAAAGAAAUAUAUUAAGA